UUUUUUUGUUCUUCAUUGUAUUUAUUAUUUCACUUUCUCCGUCCGUUGCUUUUGCCCCGUCCCUCGCUCUGUCGCCAUGGCGGAAGAAUCCCAAAGCAAAGCGACCGAUGCGACCCCCGCCACUGAAGUCGUCGUCUCCGAGCCUGCCGCCGAGGAGAGGGCGUCGCAGACAGAGACGCCUCCCCCCGAGGCCGCCGCUGAAGCCGCUGCGGAAGGGGAGGAGACUAAGAAGCCUGCCGAGGCUGUGGCCGAGGCGGAAGCACCCGAGGCUGAGGAAAAGAAGCCCGAGGGCGUAGAAGGUGAAUCCUCUGCUGAGAGAAGCGUCGUCACUGAGGCGAUCGAUCCCGAGAAGAAGGCGCUCGAUGAGCUCAAGUUGCUCGUCCAAGCCGCCGUCGCCAACAACGAAUUCGCGCCUCCGCCACUUCCCGCUUCUAUUCCGGCCAAAGAGGAAGAAACUAAGUCUGAAGAGCCUGCGGCCCCUGCGCCGGAGGUGGCCUCUGAGGAACCUACGAAGCCGGAGGGAGUCCCGGAGGAGCCGACAAAAUCGGAGGUCGAGAAGGAGACUGCUCCGCCAUUAAAAGAUGUGCCUUUAUCCACCACGACGCCAACUGGCGAGGAGAAGUCGGUUACGAUCGAGGAUGACAACGCGAAGACGGUCGAAGCCAUCGAGGAGACCGCCAUCCCAGUCGCGCCCCCUCCUCCGGAGACCGAUGAGGAGGCAGCAAAGGAGGCACCAGUUGAGCCGCCGGAGGAGGUUUUCAUCUGGGGCGUUCCUCUACUUGGCGACGAGAAGAGCGAUACUGUCCUCCUCAAGUUCCUCCGUGCUAGGGACUUGAAGGUUACCGAUGCCCUGACGAUGCUCAAGAACGCCGUCAUCUGGAGAAAGCAAUUUGGCAUCGAGGCUCUCCUCGAGGAUGACCUCGGCCUGCCGGAACUGGAGAAGGCCGUGUUCAUGCACGGCGUCGACAGGGAGGGCCACCCGGUGUGCUACAACGUCUAUGGGGAGUUCCAAGACAAGGAGCUCUACGAGAAGGCCUUCGGCGACGAGGAGAAGAGGCAGAAGUUCCUCAAGUGGAGGAUCCAGUACCUGGAAAAGGGUAUCCGAGAGCUCUUGGACUUCACUCCCGGUGGUAUCUCCUCCAUGGUUCAGGUGACCGAUCUCAAGAACGCUCCUAGGCUUGGGAAGCAUCGCCAGGCCACCAACAAGGCCGUCACCUUGUUGCAGGACAACUACCCUGAGUUCAUAGCCAAGAAGGUGUUCAUCAAUGUUCCCUGGUGGUAUCUGGCUUUCAACAGGAUGAUGAGCCCCUUCUUAACCCAGAGGACCAAGAGCAAGUUUGUUUUCGCCGGGCCAUCUAAAUCAGCAGACACUCUAUUCAAAUACAUAGCACCUGAGCAAGUUCCAGUUGCAUUUGGAGGCCUAAGCAAGGAAAAUGAUCCAGAUUUCACUAGCAGCGAUGCUGUUACUGAGCUUAGCAUCAAGCCCUCAUCCAAACAAUCCAUCGAAAUACCGACUAUUGAGGCAACCGUCUUGGUUUGGGAACUCCGGGUCUUGGGAUGGGAAGUGAGUUAUAGUGCUGAAUUCGUGCCUAGCGCAGAGGACGGAUACACAGUGCUCGUGCAAAAAAACAGGAAGCUUAUUGCCGCUGAUGAACCUGUAAUCAAGACCUCUUUCAAGAUCGGUGAACCUGGAAAGGUGGUUCUUAACAUCGAAAACCUGACAUCCAAGAAAAAGAAACUCCUCUACAGAUCCAAGGCCACAUGUUCUGUUGAGUCCACAUAAGUAGUUCAUCUGCCCUUCAUUCCAUAUUUGUUGAAAUUUGAGAAAUAAAAAAGGAAGAAUUCAGAGAAAUGGGUUUUAAUCAGUUGAUCAAAGUUUCCUUUUUCUCCUCUUUAAUGUUGGUGUAUUUGGUUUGAUCAUUGAGUUGAGUCAUGCUUGUUGAAUUAUGGGUUGCUGCUCUGUUUUUAUUUGUAUAUUCUAUGUAAAUUGGUUCAGAACUUGUCUCUUGGAAUAUGGUUUGACUUCGUCAGAAAUUUUUGAUUUAAAAAAGAACAAAUCUGCCUCA